AUGAUGUAAAAUGUUAAAUAAAUGAGGGAAAAAUACGAGAACAUUAAAUAACACAACCCAAAUAGAAAUGUUAGUUCAAGAUCAUUUCAUAGUCAAACACCAUCAAAAGAAUAAUAUUAAGUAGCUUUUUCUAGUAGCUAAUAAUCACAAUAAAAACAAAUAAUAUAGAUUGGAAAAAAUUUAUUAUGUAGUCCUUGUUACAAUAAAAGACUAUUAAACAAAUAAUAAUUGAAUAAAUAGUAAGAAUUUGAAUUGGAAAAAGUAAAUCUACUAUUAUAUUAUAGAGACUAUUGAAGAAAUAAAUGGAAUAAAAUCAAUUACNCUAAGAUAUUGUCCUAAAAUGACAGUUGCAUCUAUAAUGACAAUUUAAAAUCUUUAGGGAUAUCCUUCUUCUACUAAAUUAGCUUUAAGUAAAAACGAGCUUUAUUAAUCUUUUACAAUUUAAUAAACUCCAUAAUCCUAAAUGAAAAGAUGUAAAACAAAACAUAAUUGAAUUAGAUUUGUCAUUAGAUGUUUAAAGAUCAACAUCACCUUAAACAAUAAUAAAAUCUUCAUCUCCAACAGUGAGAAAGUUUAGUUAUCUAUCUUUUUAAAAAUCGACAAUAGGAUAAGAAAGUCCUGUUAAAUAAUAAGAGAGUAUUUAUCAAAUUGAAUAUGCUGAUGAUACAGUUUAUUAUGGAUAAAUAAAUAUUACAAAAAAACAUGGAAUGGGUGCAUUAUAUGAUAAGAAUAAAAAUCUAAUCUAUUUGGGAUAAUGGAAUGAUGAUAAAUAUCAUGGUUUUGGGGUUUUAGUUUAAAAAAAUUGUACUUACAAGGGUGAAUUUAUAAAUGGUGUUCUGGAUGGAUAAGCAAUAGAGGAAGGAAAUGAAAGAAAGUUUUAUGGAUAUUAUAAAAAGGGAUUGAAAAAUGGACCUGGAACAUUAUAUUAGCAAUCAAAAAUAACAAAUGGAAUUUGGAAAAAUGAUAUUUUAGAACAAGAAUGUUGA